AUGGAUACAGAAGUCGAUAUUGCUCCUGAAAAUCUCUUCCGCCCUGCGAAGCGACGCAAGUUCGCCCGACGACGCCAAGAUGACCCCGAAGAGACAACCAGCGCCGCCGCCGAAUCAGUAGCCGAGAGCACUGACAAAGCUCCUGGCGCUACUGAAUCCAAGUUAUCAGACGACGCUGAUGAUUCGACACAUGCGACCGGUGUAGUGCGUCUACGCCGACCAAAGGCGAUUCGCAAAGGAGGCAUUGGAUUCUCCGCCACACCGCGACCAUCGGGCAAAGACGACAACCGCCAGACGGCGCUGAGCACAAUUGAAGACCAGGACAAGGAACCCAUUCAGGCGAUGGGAGACCGUUUCCAAAUGUACACUGGGCAGGCGGAGGAUGUGGACAGACACAUGAUGGCAUACAUAGACGCCGAAAUGGCUAAGCGCUACAAACGUAGCCCGCUACCAGAGGGCACACAGGCAGAUCGAACAGUCUCACAAGGACUAUCUGGCGCACCAUCUACACAAGGACAGCAACACGAACGUCUGCCGGCAGCUUUAGGCAAGCUACACGAGAUCGAUCUCGGACAAGAGACGAAACUACAAAAUAUUGCGCGCACCGAAGCCGCAACGCGCCGACUCGCUGGUGAGGAAGACCCGUCUCGACCUGGCGAGGCAGGCCUAUCGACGGAGCGUGCACCCACAAAGUCAUGGCGUAACCGCAAGCGCCGCACUAGUGCAGAUGUCGAGCGCGACCGGCUGGUGGAAGAAAUCUUACGAGAGAGCAAAUUGGAUGUCUAUGAUGAACCAGAAGAGGAACCGCAUGCCGAUGACCAGGCCGCAGAUGACCGUAUUGCAGAGCAAUUCCGGCGAGACUUUUUGGAUGCGAUUCAGUCUCGUCGGAGGACACGCACUACGAAGACGGAUAGUAAAACUGAGGCACCAAAGGGGCCCAAGUUGGGAGGAAGUCGCAGUGCAAGAGCGGCGAUGCGGGAAUCGCAAGCUCAGGCUGGAAAGAAGUGA